AUGCACCGUUUCAAAAGGACGUUUUGUCUUUUCUUAUUGCUCUCAUUUCUAUCCUUGCUUCCACCGGCGACCCUCUCAUUUGUUGCCCGCUCCCCGACGGCCAAAUACCCUGACUUGUACGAAGCAUCCAUCGGGGAGUUACAGAACGGAUUGGAUAAAGGUGACUUUACAAGCGUGGAUCUAGUGAAAGCAUAUUUCGCGCGGAUCGAUGAAGUCAACUUGAAAGGGCCGAAACUUCGUGCUGUCAUUGAAUUGAAUCCCCAAGCCAUAGCCCAGGCCGCAGCACUCGAUGCCGAGCGUAAGAGAACGGGUAAACGAUCCCCCUUGCAUGGCAUACCUAUAUUGUUGAAGGAUAAUAUUGCAACCUUAGCGAGCGAAGGUAUGAAUACCACUGCAGGUUCAUAUGCACUUCUCAAGUCGGUCGUUCCCGGUGACGCAACUGUUGCUGCCAAACUUCGAAAAGCUGGCGCAGUAUUACUUGGAAAAGCCAACUUGUCCGAAUGGGCAAAUAUUCGUGGUACUUUCAUCUCGGCAUCGGGAUGGUCAGCUGUUGGAGGUCAAGCAACGAAUCCUUAUUAUCCUGCAGCUGACCCUUGUGGCUCUUCGUCAGGAAGCGGAGUGGCAACAGCUAUAGGACUGGCCGCUGGAUCACUGGGAACCGAAACUGAUGGGAGUAUAAUAUGUCCAUCAAGCUAUAACAACCUUGUCGGUGUCAAACCUACAGUAGGUUUGACUUCUAGGGAAGGCGUGGUCCCGAUAUCGUCUCAUCAGGACACAGUAGGCCCGAUGACGAGAAGUGUGGCGGAUGCAGCUGUCAUUCUAUCAAUCAUUGCUGGGCGAGAUAAGAAAGAUAACUAUACAGAGACCGCGCCAUCCAAGAUCCCAGACUACACACAGUUCCUUCAUGUAAACGCAAUCAAAGGGAAGCGUUUUGGUGUCCCCCGAGCGGUAUUUACAGAUGACUCUAUUACCGGCAAUCACCCGAGUAUCAACGCUGAAUUCAACAAGUCAUUGGAUAUAAUUCGCUCCCUUGGUGGAAUCGUGGUUGACCCCGCAGAUUUACCAGACGCACAUGAAAUCCCCGAUAGCCAAGAAUUGACUGUUUUAAAGGUAGAUCUCAAGGUUGGUGACCUCAACGUUGUUUUUAGUUUGAAGUCUAUCCCGACCAAGACGGGUACCUUGGAAAAGAUUAUCCAGUUCAAUGAUGCUUAUAAGGGUCUAGAGCAGCCGAAAGGUUACGAAGGCCAAACUAUAUUUAUUGAUGCAGAGGCAACUUCAGGGUACAACUCGACAUAUUACGAUGCACUCCGCGAGAACUACAAACUGGGACGUCAGCGAGGAAUUGACGGUGCACUUAAGUCGUACAAGCUUGACGCGUUACUCCUCCCGAGCAAUGGUACGCGGAACAGCACUUCUUUUGAAAUUCACGACGCACUCAACGCACUGGUUCUAGGGUAUACUACAACUCCUGCGGCAAUUGCUGGGUAUCCGAUCGUCACAGUACCACUGGGAUUUCAUCCCGACGAUACGCAUGUUGAGAGCGCUGGACCCUAUACGGUCUUUCCUGCGCCGGGUGUGCCGUUUGGAUUAUCAUUCCUGGGAACAGCAUAUAGCGAAACCAGCCUGAUCGGAUUUGCCUAUGCUUACGAACAACGUACACACACCCGGCUGAAAAGACUCGCAUACAAGGACGCUAUUCCGAAAACACAGCUUCAAGAUAUCAUUCUCUAA